AAGACGGGGCCGCAGUGUGCGGUCGCUGUUCGAGCGGCGUGGAUUGUGCGUUGGAAUAGUCUAUCAGCGUUCACGUAGCGAGGAGCAAUCUUCCUUUUUUUUUUCGCGAGAGCGGGCGAUUUGUCGUCGAGAUUGUAAGUGCGCGAACAAGCGACAGAAACUGGUUAGAUCCCAGCGUGAGGAAUCGACGAGGGGACCGACUUGUGUCCUUUUUACCUUCUCUCACCGAUUGACGAGCGCGAUCCGGAUGCCACUGUCAAGAUAGCCGUGCGAAAAUGCGCGUAUAAAUGACAGUCUCGCCGUGUCGCGGGUUGUUCUCGUCGUAGACGAGACGAGGGAAGAGGCAAACGGAAAAAAAACGAUCGUGGAAGAAGAGAGAUUGUCGCGAAGCAAGACGAGACGCAGAGCGAAAGUGGUGGAGGAGGUGGUGCCUGUGGCACGGGUGACCACGAGAGAUGGGCAAGAAGGGUUCUAAGCGGAAGACCCGAUGGAGAACCCUGAGCAUAGGUGAUAUUCUCGGUUCGACAGCUCCACCAGGAGAGGAAGAUGAAGAGGACGGUUUGCGAAAAGAUUACGUGAAGAAUUCAGACAAGGACGCGCACACUUUCGAUCGAAAUGGACAGCAAGGCAGCUAUAAAUCGUACCGAGGUGGUACGAGCACCAGCGGCGACAGCACGAGCAGCUACGCCAACAGCGGCUCGAGAUCGCAUCGGGAUGAUAGCGCGGGCUCGCCGUCGCGACCGAAAAUCAUCUUCAACGAGGACGAGUACACGAGGAUUACAACGCCACGGCAGGAUGUUCUCUUCAAGAAGGGCUAUCUCUCGCGAAAGAAGCCCUGGACCGGUAACGCGAGCACCAGCGCCACGCCGUCUACAACCGAGAGUCAAUCGGCGUCACAUUCCACCGCAGACGGUAGUGAAACUACGGAAGACCAGCAAUUACUGGAUAGGGAUAGUGGAAUGGGAGAAUAUCCUCCCAUGGUAGAACCGGGAACGCAGUUGGGAUACGGAGCGUUUUACGAUCAUACGAGCGGUUACUUUUACGAAUACCCUGUAAUGUUGGUCGGUCCUGCGCCGGUACCUCCUCCAGUCGGUCCGAGUGUCUUAGCGACUGUACCUUGUGACCCGGUUCCCUUGAGACCAAUCGAGUGGAUCAACCCUGCUUAUGUGCCUAAACUUGCCAACCAACCGUAUUGCGUAAUGGACUAUCAAACUAGUCAGAAUACCGAACCGGCCACGAUAGGAGAUGGGCAGAACGGCACGUUGGCGGCGGCGGCUACGGCGGAAGUUUCCAACAACAUGUGGAACGAAAGUGGCACCGGUAGCGCCAGCUGUAGCGGCAGCAUAGCGGGGGAAACCGAAGAGCAAACUGAAGAGGCGGACAGUGCUGCCAAGGAACAACCUACGAUAAAGGAGCAGUUUGCGGAGGAACAACAUCUGGAGGAGCAACAUCUCGAGAGACAACACUUAGAAAACGGACACAUGAUGCCGGUCGAUCCUUACUUGGAUCCGUUAAUGAUGCAGGAGCCAAUGCACAUACCACACGUGAUGCCCGCCGUACCGCAGCCGUACAUGUAUCCCGGUCACUACAUGUUCGGACCACCUUUGGUCAACGUAAAUGGUGUUACCAUUCAAGGCGGGCCAUUGGUGAGAACUAUGGACGUAACGGCUAUGACAAUGGCGUGCGGCAAACGAAGAAAGAAGAAAAAGAAAAAAAAGCAGAGAAGACUUAUUUCGGGUAAUACCGAGGAUGAAGAAGAGGGAGAAUACAGUUCCGAAUGUGAUAAUGACGUAUCGUCUUCCCGACUACCUUGGUCAGAGUGUUCGACUUCGACCGCGAUUACAACGACGGCCACGAAACGGCCACUCAAUCCUGAGUGCCAAGAGUUUCAGUUACGGCCGGCCUUGCAAUCUAAAAUCCUUUCUAGUCCCGAUUCGACAUCCGUCGUUCCUACCAUGAUUGAAGAAAUUACGUCGUCUGUCAACGACGUUACGGAUGUUUCAUCCUGUGUCAAUACGGAUCACAAGUCUGAGAAAAUAUGUGAUACAUCGAAUGUUCAGAGUCCAACGAACCAGACGGCAACAUGCAAUUUGAAGCACGUUACGGAAACGUCACUGGAAAACGUUCAGUCAGUAACAUUUAGACACAAGCCAAAAGACAAGAACACAGAAGUCAAUGGUCAAGCAAAUCAUCUAGUCGAAGAUUCAACUCUAACGAACCAGAUCGAGAAAAUGAGGAAUAACGCGAUCGAUCAUGAAACGCUCAAGACUGAUAUUACCGAAAAUAACGACAAUUCGAUCGGUAACAAUGUGAAGCGUAAGUUACUCGAGAGUAAUAGUAAUAACGUUAAUACAAUUUUGUUGGAUAACUGCGUCAAGUGUCCAGGAGAAGCUUUAACUAACAAAGAAACAAACAGCGUGGAACAUGUUACCGAUCUAACGGACAAAGCGUCGAAAUCGUUGUCGACAACUUCUCAAAAUAAUAGUUCCGAUAAUGAUAAUUCAACAGUGACAAAUGUCACCGAGAGCGAGAAGGAAGUUGAACGGUUACGAAACUGUAAUAAUUCGACCGUUGUACGAACAACUUCGCUUCAACAGCAACAACAGUCGAAAGAGUCGAAAAAGUACAACAAAAAAGGUUCGAAAUUCGUGAGAGAACCUACGCCCGGACCGGAUCUAAAUGACACUACUACGCACUUAGACAUAGAAAAUGGAAAGCUCGUGCAGCAGUUCGAAGCCGUCCAACUGUCGGAGAACACUGGCGCGAUUGCGGAUUAUAAGCGCGAUAUCGCAAAUGACAAACUGAAUGAGACAGAUCAGGAAGUGGCAAAUGAAGAUGUAUUUUACGUACGCAAUAAUGAAGGAAAAAUUCGAACAAGUCAGGACAAUACGACCGAAGGAUCGAAUGAAGAUUCUGGAUUUGAGAGCCAGACCCGAUUGUCAAAGUAUCCGAUUAUGUCCGCGGUAACGGAAUGGCUACGUCAAGCAAACUCGGACGAUCUUUUCAUAACAUCGGCAUCGACCUCGGAGAGCGAGACAGAUGAGGAUGGUGAAGAAAUAGAUGCAAAGCCGCCAAAAAACUUGCAAGGCAACCCCAUGCCUGCACUAUCUGCUAAUAGCGGCGUCGACAACUUUACGGUGUCACGCACGGCUAGCUGCGGCGAAUUCGCAAAGGCCAACAAUAAUUCAACCACGGUCAAUCAGACGGAAGUUGACUCGAUAUCAUCAAGAUCGAUCGGCAGAAGAAAACGGGAUACGAAAGGCGCGAAGAGAAAAACGAAAAGAAUCGACAAGCGGAACAAGAAUGUUGAUGAGAAGACGCAGAGCCAGUUGGUUUCCUCAUUAGUUUCGUCUAAUCGAUUGGAAAAUUUAGUCACUGCCGUGAGAUUGAAAGACACGUUGAAGAACAAUGUUGGUAACGUUUGCGAAUUUACUCAGGAGGAUAGCGUUGCGGGUAUGAGGGUUGCUUUAAGUUCUCGGAUAAAUUCAAAGAAAGCCAAUGCAAAACGAAUGAAGACGUUAAGAAAAAUCAAUGGGAAUACUAUUGAAAAUAUUGAUAUCAAGAUGCGACGUAUAGACGAUUCGAGUGGAAAGGAAAUGAACGAAGAUUGUACAGUGAGCGUACGAACGUUUGAAAAAGGAGAGAUUAUCGUUUCAGAAGACGGCAGAUUAUUACCAACGUCCUCGUACGAGCCAAUUUCGUCUAACGAUCAAGAUAAUUUAAAUGCAGCAAAGACCGCUACUGACAUCGAUAUAAUUAACGAGAACGUUGAUGUGCGCAAAGAAUCUGGGAACAACAACGAGAAAGACGAAAACAACAGUAUAAUGAUAGCAUCUUCGGUCAGUAUAGAGGAACCUGACGUGUUGGAGUGUUGGGAAGCGGAAACUAUAGAACCUGUGAUAACUCCAAGAAGAAUAUUGCAGAGUCCGGGAAUUCUGUGCGAGGGAGAGGCCGCGGAAGAGGACAACUUCGAAAUCGAGAAAGCUACCAUAGAACACGUACAGAAGUACUACAGAUUGGCACGGGACACCAUCAGCGUGGAAGAAGAAUUGGGCGACGUUAGCACGUCGGUAAUUUCAUCGAGAUCGAGAACAGUGCCAAAUAAUUCGGAGAAACUAGUCGAGCAUUUCUGUAGCGAGGAGAUCCCGAUAAUUAUACCGGACAAAUUUCAGGACAAAGUGUCCGAAAACGAGAAGAUACCAAUCGACGAGGCGUUCGAAGUGUACGAGAGCUGUUACAACGGAAAAUCGCCAUUUUUCCCAUUCAAUCCGAACCCGAUCAAGCAACAGCCCCUAUACGGUCAGAACGGUGAAACUCCGAUACCGUGCAGAGCAGUGUGUUGUAACAUACAAUAAUAUCAAAACAAAUCUCAGACGUAUCCUAUCCAGGAAAAAAACUCGUCUCGAAAAAGUAAUGAAAUACCUAAAUAUUAUUAUAACGAAUAUUAUAAUAAUGUAUUACAUUACAUAUAUUUUAAUUGCGUCAAGGCUGUCCUUUCCGGAAGCUCGGGACGCACUUUUCCGAGUAUAACACGCACGUAUUUGUUACGUGUACGCACAUUCUCACAGUAUAUAAAAUUGUCUCACCUUUUUUAUUGGGCGAGAAUUUCAAAUGAAUCGAUAUGAAUUUCGAUUUCUUUCGAAAGUUUAGUGACACGCUCAAGUGAGGACUAAAUAAUGUUACUUUGAAAGCAAUUUAUGGAUCAAACCAGUUUUUGUAAAUAGUUUUAAGAGAAUUGUUUUUUUUUUGCUUGUGUGAUCGUAUUUCGUGAAGAUUUUCAAAAUUCUCCGUGCGGGAGCAUGUGCAUUGUAAUAAUCCAUAAUAGCGCAUUUUAUCAUUGUCAUAGAACAUUGCCACAGAACGUCAUUGUUCAUAAUCGAAGACAGAACGUUUAACUUUUAUCUGGACCGAGCUUAUCAAGAGGCAAUACGUUGAUUUUUUUUCUAAGCGUAGAAGAAUGUGUAAUUCAUUUUGAAAAUGGAACGAAGAAAAAAAGAUUACAUCAAGAGGUAUUUGUUGAGACAUAAGAGAAGGUUGUUAUUUUUAUUAUUCACGCUACGAUAAUGUAACACUUGGCCGAAGUGCUAAAGUAUUAUUUUUACAAUCUAUAUAAAAGACACGAAUAUUAAAGUAUUAAGAGUUAUUGUUGCACAUAUUCACAUGUUGAGAUGGCCUUUGCUUAGGGAAGUUUUAACUGUUCACAAGUGUCAACUUACAUUAUAUAUCCGCGAGUAUGGUACCCUGCAUACAUAUUCAUCCGAAAGAUUUUUCUCUUUUUUUGUUCUAGCUGUGAAAGGGAGAAAUGUAAGUGCCGAAGAAGACCGAAUAAAGUUCAAUAAUGAAUGCUUUUAACUAGCGAUAUAUAUAUAAAUAUUAUGAUAUAACCGUGCAGGAUGUAAUAUCACGUUCUUGUAGGAAGUAUUAGUUGAAAUCGGACAGCGGUAAAAAAAAAAAAAAAAAAAACAAUAACAGUGAGCUGUAGACGUACCUUAGCCUGUUACUGAGAAG